UUGUCCGUAUUUCAAGAGGUUUCCUGAGGUAUUUUGCUCACGGAGAACCUGCCUGGGUCCAGGAUUUGAUGGCAUGAACCGGUUAAAAGAACACUUGUACCGCACACAUUUUAAACAGUUUGCGUGCAGCAGAUGCGGAAUGGACUUUGGAGAUAGCAAGCGCCUUGAUGAGCACAUGCGAGCGCUGGAGCCUUGCUUCGCCGUGGACCUUCGGCCGGACCAAGGCUUCAUUUCGCACCCGCAGUGGAACGAGAUCCAGACCAACAGGAAGCACGGUGUCGAGGUUGAAGACAAGUGGAGGCAGAUCUACCUUGUUUUGUUUCCAGAUGCUGAUCCGUCGGCAAUACCAGGACCUUAUUUUAACGGAUUUGCAACCUCCUCGGAUGGGAGGAUCCAUGCCACAAAUAAAUGCUGAUCAUUAAGGCUAGUUUCUGAUAUAUCAACAGACUGAAAGACCCC